CGAGGUCAUUUCUCUUGUUGUCACAUUUAAGACAAGAAAGGGAAAGUACAGAAUCAGCAGGUAUGAGUUAAUGAAAAACCAGCGCAGAGGAGGUCACACUUCAUUAGAGAGUCGAAGUGACUGGAUCUUUCUUUGUCAGCACUGUUACACAAGAGAGCCAUAUGCUGCCAGCCAGAAAAAGUCACAUGACUCACAGGAAGGAGUAAUGUGAUCAUGAGGCAUAUGAGGGCAUUACAGGGGCUCAGAUUUUAGUGUUUUGGAGCAGUUCACUUUUCACAAGAGGGGAGCAGGUGCCACUUAGGAGCUCAUUAGUUGUCUGGAGCCAACAUAUAAAACUUUUGUAAUUUGUAGUAUCUGUAGUAAUAGCAUAUUUGUAAUGGAAAGUUCUGGGUGUUUGAUACUGGUAUCACUGUGGUGGAGUAAUCAAACUAAUUAAUUGACUUUGGUGAUUAUUUUUGGAAAACGUGAUUCAUUGUUUAGAUAGCAGGGUUUUUUUUAUUUCUUUCUUUUUUUUAGCACGUCAGACAAAUGAAAAGUCACUCUAAAUGAAAUAAUAAAUAAAUAAAUAAUAGCAAAAAUAAAAAAAACACCCAGAUGAAGGUGGGAGAGCGUUCCCAAUGCCCCGAACCACGACGCACGUGUUUGAGCACACAGCUGGGCCGGUGCCAUGGUUACUGACAACGCAGCUUUGGACGGCUGCUGUGAGAGUAGGUUACCUUGUGACAGACUGCACGGGCAGGCGCACUUUAUAUACUUGACAGAUGUCGCUCCCAUGUUUACGCUCCGUGUUUACUCCGCGGCAACCCUCUCUGUUUACGCCGAAGAUUUGACUGCGCGUCGAUUUCGGAUUCGGGAGUGACAAUUUGUUAGUUUCAGGCUUAACACUGCACAAAUAAACAUUAUCGUGGCAGAUAAGAGGGGUGGAGGUGCGUGCCCCUUGUUGCUGUGAAUGUGGAAUGUCACGCGAGGACACACCUGUCCCGUCACAAAACAGCCCCUCCAGUAAGUUUUGGUGAGGCUAGUGUGAGAUGCAAAUAAAACCGCCGCUGUUAGUGAACUGCUGCUUCUGAGGAUUAAUAUUCUGUGUCUCCUCGCUCGUGUGCCUCUUCUACCUUCGUUGCGCAUGAAUCACGUUUCAGCAACCAGGUCAAAACGGUCUGGACUAGAUCGCUAUAGGAACAGCAGCGAUCGCUGUUAUAAUACAGACAAGGUCUAAUUACCGGACUUUGUGCUGGUGCAGCCUACACGUGAGUCGGAAGCCGUUCCCGAGCGGAGGCGCGCGUGCGCUCUAACCACAGAGCCGACGGCUUUGCAAAGCGGCAGCUCAGGGAACUAUAGACAUCAGUCUGAAGCGCAGCUCCACUGGAGGACACGCAGCGUGCGCCAUCUCCCUCAGCCGUUCGCGUGUGGAUCGAGGAAUAACAAACAUUCCCCAAAGAAGCUCCGGAGCGGAUAACCAGCAGCGGACAAGUGAUGGAUGAAAGAAUACCGCAUUUACAGGACAGGCAGUUCAUGGAGCACGCAGAUUUCUUGGGGGUGGAUUACCCCUCUCUCUACAUGUGCAAAUCUAAAAGAGGAAUAAAACGAGAGGAUGGUGGAAAGGACGCAUACAAGUUACCACACCGGUUGAUAGAGAAGAAAAGGAGAGACAGAAUCAAUGAAUGUAUCGGGCAGCUAAAGGAUUUGUUACCCGAACACCUCAAGCUCUCGACGCUCGGGCAUUUGGAGAAAGCGGUGGUCCUGGAGUUGACAUUGAAACAUUUAAACGCCCUGACUGCUGUCACUGAGCAGCAGCACCAGAAGAUCAUCGCUUUGCAGAAUGGGGACCGGUCGAUGAAGCCUUCCAUUCACGCUGAUCUGGACGCGUUUCACUCCGGGUUCCAGGCCUGUGCCAAAGAGGUCCUGCAGUACCUGAGUCAGUUUGAGAACUGGACGGCACGAGAGCAGAGGUGCGCGCAGCUCAUCAACCACCUUCACAAGGUGUUGGCGCAAUUCCAGCCCGGCGCGACGCCCCUCCAGCACCAGCUACCCGCCGGGGACGCACAGGACGGGCAGAAAUCCGACAGCCAAGCCAACUGCGUCCCGGUCAUCCAGAGGACCCAAGGCGGGGAGCUCAACGAGAAUGACACUGACACGGACAGUGGAUACGGGGGCGAGGCAGAAAAGAGCGACGGCAAAGAGAAAGAAUGCGAGCGCAACAAGGCGCAGGGACCCAAGGCGGUGAAGAUCAAGCAAGAGUUUGGAGAUGAGCGGGUUGCCAAGAAACCAAAGAUGAACUGGCCUGGGAACGGUUUGGGGAGCGCAGACCCCUCCAGGCCCGAUGUGGCGUUUAUGAACUCUCUGAUGGGAAUAAGCAAUGUGGGACAACAGACACCAAUUUGCAUGCCUUUCUACUUCAUCAACCCCUCAGCCGCGGCGUCUUAUAUGCCCCUUUUUGAUAAAAACAACAUUGAAAAGUACAUGUACCCCGCCGCAGCAGCGCUCGCGUCCCCUUUCCCCUGGCUAUAUCCCGCGCACGCGUCAGCAGCGGCCGCCGCGGCUGCCGCUGCCGCCUUCCCCGGCCUGUCUGCGCACUUUGGAGCAUCUUCUCAGGCCAAGGACUCGCUCUCUCUAGACAACGACGGGUCACACGAGGACGACGAGGCCUCACCUGAGGAGCGCGAGGAAAGUCCCGCAAGUGACGAAGGAGAAGAUGACGUGGGUGACGCGUCCCAGGAGAGCAAGAGCAGCCCACACGACCAGUUUGCAGCUUGUCAGACGAGCUAAUAAGUCUGCGUCGCCUUUCUGUGCUUUGAGUUUUGUGUAUUUUCAUUUUAUUUUUGUUUUUUAAUUAGGCUAGGGCUUUGACAGAUGAAUUUCUCGUGUAUAAUAUCUUGGCGAAAACAGGGGGCAGUUGUGACAGCGUGUGCCUUUUGCACUUAUGCUAUAACUAAACAAUCUGAAUGAUCAUCGACAAUGAUUGACACUACACGGCUGUGUUGUGCUGGAGUUAGUUUUUUAUCCUCUUUGAUAAAAUAUUUUGACAUGGCAGCGUUGGUGCCAAAAAAAGAAAAAAAAAAAACUUUGAGUACCGCAACAGUGCGCAAUAUCCCAAUCAGUGAGUCUCUUUGGAUGUAUAUGAAGUUGCAACUGACCUCUGCCAAGAUCAUUAUAAUAACAACUUGGCUCACUCUGACUGUAAAUAUUAUUACCCGAAAGAUAGUCUGCUCCGCUAACAUGUAAAUGUACACUAAACGGGCCUAUAAAAGAAGUGCUCCUGGAAGUGUAAUGCCUACAGUACCUCAUCCAAAACUUUAGGGUGACUGGGAGGAACAUUAACGUUCCUUCCUGAGAAGAAAUGAAUUGUAAACACACACACACACACACACACACACACACACACACACACACACACACACACACACACACACACACACACACACAUCACCUUAAACAUUAACAACAGACAUAAAAAACAGCUAUUUUAACAAUCAAACAUUCCCUCAACUCACCUUUACAAAGGUUUACUCUGCUGUCCUUUGCUUGGUUGUCCUUGUGAGGGAAGAAAAAAAAACAUUUUAAGAAUAAUGGAAAGACAAAACCCUUGAUUCACAAGUGUUUGCUUGACCAGCAUAUUGUAGGCCGCCCCUAUUGAAGCAUUUCUGCUCAGAGAUGCAGUGACCUCCUGUACCUCCAGGAAACAUUGUAGGAUAGCACCUUAUAGAUCUUUGAUAUUGAAUGUACCUGUAUUUUCCCAGCUGUUAAAGUUUGUAUGUAGGACGAUCUUUACUCUUUGAGACGUUAAGUGCACUUUUUUCUGCUUUUACUCCCCCCCCCCUUCCCCAUCCUAGCAGUCACUUUAACAUUUUGAAAGUCACUCCACUGUAGUUCCCUUCAAAGGUUUCAAUUGUGUUGAGUCGUCUUGAUAUGAGACAUAUUGGAAGAGACACUGCUCAUCUCUUACAAGGGAAAGUAAUAAUUAGAUCUGAGAACCCUCCACAACACAACACAUCAGGCCGUCCAUGCUUCUGUGUUAUAUGCCAUAAGCAUGUGCAACAUUAACAAAUCUGACAAAACUGGGACAGAAAAACCAUAGUCAUUUUAGGAACUUUAUCUCGGCCUCUUUUCGAAUUAACUCCUGCAAGUGUAUUGUUGCUUAUUUUCCCCACACUGAAUAGACAGAUGAUUUCCAUUGUGUUUUUUUUUCUUUUUUGCAUACAUGACAUCGCUUUUGUAGUUUUCCCUCAGCUGUUUUUUUUGCCUCCGAUCUGUUAUCAACCGUUCUAUAAAGUGGCAUGUGUGUUUGUAAAUAGUUUUUUUUCCCUCUUCUCUUUGUGAAUAUACCAUGAAGUAAACACGUCUUUGUCAAUGUUGUAGAUGUCUAUGUUUUUUUUUUAAAAAAAAGGAAAAAAAAAAGAUUUAACUGAGCAACUGUUGCACAUUUCGUUAAUGCUUUACACAUACGCUGUUCUAAAUUAUUGCUGAUGAGUUGUAAAAUAAAUAUCAAAAACUUAA